ACCCAUACAAAAUCAGAACUAUCUACGCUUUUUUGCAAUAGAUAUCCGGAUUUGAAAACAAUACUGAGUUGAUGAAUAAACGAUUAAAUAUUUUUUAUUGUUUUUAAAUCAAUUUUGGUACAUUUGAUACCUGAAUUGUAUUAUACAUCAACAAAAUUUAUCAGAUAGAUGGAGCCAUCAGACAAUGCAGGCUCAGGAGAUGGAAGCAAUGCUGGGCUAGGUGACUCAUUUCUUGGAGGGGCAUCUAAUUAUGUUGUGGACGGGCCUGAUGACCAGAGUCUGGUUGAAGACACAGACACCAGUAUAGUUGAAGGUAUAGCAGAACCACUGAGGGAACAAGACAGAUUCUUACCUAUUGCUAAUGUAGCAAGGAUCAUGAAGACCUCGAUACCAAAGACUGGCAAAAUUGCUAAAGAUGCCAAGGAAUGCUGUCAGGAGUGUGUAUCAGAAUUCAUCAGCUUUAUCACUAGCGAAGCAAGUGAAAGGUGUCAUCAAGAGAAACGAAAAACAAUAAAUGGAGAAGAUAUCUUAUUUGCAAUGUCUAAUCUAGGCUUUGACAACUAUGUGGAGCCACUAAAAACAUAUUUACAAAAAGUCCGAGAGGCCUCUAAGGGUGAGAAGGGAGGUCACAUGACCAUGAUGGGUGCUGGAGACACAUCUACACUUGAAGGCCUCAAUGAGGAAUUCUCUGAAAUUGUAACAAGUCAAAUCUUACAAGAUGGUACUAAUGCCCAGAAUGUAAUAUACACAGCAGCCUACCCAGGGCAACAAGUAGGACAGACCAUAUAUGGCAUUACAAAUGAGUAGGAGGGGCAUCUGGUUCAUUUGGAGCAAAUGAUUGACAGAUUUCACUACAUAGACUACAGCUGAAAACCCCUACAGCACCUAUGUAACAUGUGUAACACAGGGAGCAAGAUUCAACAUUAUUCAAUAAUGUAAAGACUAUCUGACAUUUGUGACAUUUUCAGUUGAUCAUUUAUGCAUGAAAGCAUAAGCAGCCAUUUUAUGUAUAUUUUGCUAUUAAGAGAUUAUCAGUUGGAGUACAUAUAUAACUUACUAUUCAGAAACCUUGGAUGGAUGUGCACAAUUUGCUGACUUCAAAGUAUUUUUCCAAAAAUGUUCCCGAUUUCUUCAUUCCUGAAUUUUGCCAUAAAGAAAAACUGAGGAAAUAAGAACGAUUUGUAAAAAAGGCAUGGUUAUUUAAGCUAUAUAUACUACCAGUCACAUUUUAAAUAAUUAAAUCCAACUUAAUUUUUGGUGUAUCAAUAGAAUAAUAAAAAGCAUUCAUGAAUAGAAGUUGCAUUAUCAUCACAAUGGAAUAUAUUGUAUGGUUCAAUAUCUUGAAUAUAUUUGUAUAAUAUAAACUAUGUAAAACU